UUCGCUACGUUUGCGUUCCAACGAGGAACGCGCGCGUUCCCGAGUCUGUUAUUUAGAUAUCGGGUCUCUAGAAUUGCGUGCGCGCGGAUAAUUUUACAAAAAGGACGCGGAGGAGAGGUUCUCGUUUUACAUUGGCGUUUCACAUUGGCCGUAAAGCGACAUAAGUAUAAGCAAAUGUUAAAUAAUGGUCGGAGCGCGCGCGUAAAAAUGUCUUUCCACCUCGUGCCGCUCGCUCUCUCGUCGACAGAAAGGUUAAAAACUGCGAGUACGUCUUCGGCAUCGCACCGUUAUUAUGCAAUUUUGCCUCGUGCAGAUUUUCAAUCUGCCCAUCCUGCGGAGUGAAUGUUACGUCGCGCGCGAGCAAGCGCCCGGCAUAUCUACCAGCGAGCCUCACUCCGUAACAAUGAGUGCUAAAUAAAAAAAGCGGAUAACUUGCAUUGCGGUACUAUUAUAUCGCAAAGAGUGUCGCGGGAAAUCUCCGGCUUCGAUUUUAACGAUCCCUCUACGAAAUAUCGCCGUGAUGCAUAUCCUGUUGCGGGUAUCAGGUACAUUUAUGGCAACUGACAAGAUUUUGUGCAUUUUUAAACAACACAAAAAGAAUCGAAGAAAAAAUGCACGAGUUGACUUAUUAAUUUAAAGUUUUAAUAAAAAUAUUAAUUUAAGGUCCGAAAACUUAUAUAAACGAAUAUAGUUUUUCGUAGCUAUAAAUAUGCGAGAAACCCAUUAAAUAAAAUGCAAAUCAAUUCUUAACGGACCUAAACGGUAUCAUAUAUGUAUAUCACUUAAUUGACGCUUAAUGAAAGAGGCAGUUAUAAAAAGAAUAUAAAUGGUCAUAAAAAAAGCUGGAUGUACACGAAAAUUGCAACAAAGGGAGUCGCAUAGGAAAGCUAAACGAGCUAACGAUCCAUCGUACCUCGCAGCUGUCGGGCGUUAACGAUAAAAAAUCAUCCGAGUGCAAUACACAUCGAUCGCGAAAGGAAUCCAGUGGAAAAACGAGUGGGUAUACAACGUACGUUUCAAAGGUCAAAACACUACGUGCAUUUGCAACGUACUUGAACUCUGUAUCCAUUUAUGCAUCUUUGUAAGGAAACACGCAUGAACGGUGGUAUGCUGAGCUUUCUUUAACCCAUUUGAAGAUUAGAAGUUUAAGAUGAACUUUGGAGAAUUUGCACUAUAUUUGCACGUAAGAUUUUUCACUCAUAUGGCGUUCAGGACUCACUCUUCUUUCACGAAAAUUUCUCUUUUCUCCCCAAAAAGUAGUCGUCGCGUUGAAACGUUAGCGAUCAAUAAUGAGAUAAAUUAAGAGUGACGAAAACGUGGCGAUAGAAACGCCAAACUUUCGAUUCCCGGAUCGCGAUACGAAGGCUUACUCAGACUUACUAUAAAAGCGGUUCUUUUACGAUGCGCAUCGGUCUAUAAUAAAGGUUCGAACCGGUAUCACCGUGGCAUUUGAAGCAAAACGCCGAUAGCACAGGGCAGUGCUAUCUAUAAAAGGAGGACGCGGUGGAUAAACGCUCGUCAGUAGUACCGUGCACGCAAUAUCUAGAAAACGAAGCAGUUGAGGACAUGAAUCUGCGUUUAAUUAUCUUGCUGAGCCUGGCGGCAGUAAUAUCGGCGGCAAACGAGCCGAUAGCCAUUGUCAGGCAGGAGCAGGACAUCAGCCCGGACGGUAGCUACUUCUUGAAAUGGGAGAGCGCCAACGGGAUUACCUUCGAGGAGCAGGGCGUUCAGAAGAAUACGGGUCAGAAGGACAAGGAAGCUGAGGAGGUACGCGGCUCGGCGUCGUGGACCGCACCCGAUGGACAAAAAAUUAAUCUCGGCUGGCUGGCAGACGAGAAUGGUGCCAUUUUCCAAGGAGCGCAUCUGCCAACCCCGCCACCCGCGCCGCCAAUUCCGCCUCAGAUCCAGCGCGCCCUCGAGUGGAUAGCCGCUCACCCUUACCAGGAAAGAAACAAAGUGUAACUGAUGCACCUCUCGCUGCAGACACGUUGAAGGUUCAUACUCCACUUGCAUAUCUUUAGCUUGACAUCGAAUGUAAAUUUUUUGUAUAAAAGUGUUUCGUUUGUAUAACAAAAAAUAUUGAAGAAAGAUUUAAUUUCCGAUUCUUCGUAGAUUACUCAGAACGACGUUUCACAAAAUUGUAUUCUGUUUUAAGUAUACCCCAACGUGCGAUCAAUUAUAAUAAUUGUGAUAUUAAAAUGUGUUUGGGACGAAUGCGAUAUUGAAAGAUUUGAUUAGGGAGAGAGACUCGAUUAUAAAAUCAUUAAAAUUGUUAACAGCUUGUUUAAUACAUAUUAUGAAAUCAUUAAGAAAUAAACGCUUUCAAUUAUAUUAUUGGAAAAUAUUGCGUUGUCAUGUUUACUUCAAUAUUGCAAUUAUAUGUAUACUAUAUAUACCCCGGUCAGUUAUAAUUCAAAUGAUUCUAUCAAUCCAAUUGACCAACAAAUGUGCAGAGAGAUGAAGAGAGUUAUUGAUUUAAAAGCAGAAUAUUUUGUAAGUUAAUAAAAACCUUAGAAUUCACAUGUAAUAUAUAAAUCUACGAACGCAUUAUCUACUAAAUUUCAAAUAUGCACAAAAAUAAUUAAGUUAUAAAGAAAUACUAUAAUAGAUCUAUAAUCGGAUAAUUUAUUUUUAACUCAGCAAAAGAAUCUUUUCAGCUAAAGAUAUACUAGUGCCUCUUGAUGACAGAGAGAUUCUGUCAGUUAAACAAUUAGGAGAGGGAUGAGGGCAAAUAUUUGACCUUUUGUGGCUUACAGCCGCUUUCUUCACCUACUUUGUUAGUAAAUUUGCAAGAAUAUUUCGAGAGCGGCUACUUAACGCGAGACUAGUAAACUUACUCAAGUUGAAUGUGGACAGACGACUAUGCGGUAAUAGAAAAAUCGGGGUCAAAAAUAGUUAUUGCGGCGAAGGAGGAAGAUCGUUAUGUAAGCCAAUGAGAGCGAGAGUUCUUGAUGCCACACUGCUGACUACUCUAUCUUCUUGAAACGGAGAUUAUUACUAUAAUUAGCGAAACAGUUCAAACAGCAGGGCAAUUACGCUAACAGUAAAAUGCAUAGUGAAUCGAUUUUAAUAUUACUUUCGUUAAGUUCUUAUAUACGUUUUCAAUAAUUUAAUUAGUUCUUAUAUACGUUUCCAAUAAUUUGAUGUAAAAAUAUAUAUAAAAAAUAUUUAAAAAAAAAUUAAAGUAAUAAUCAAAUUCAGAAAAAAUUCUAAAAGUGCUAAAAAAUGUGUCACUGUUUAAUCUGAAAUUAUUUAAUUAAUAAAAUAUGAACAAUUCAUGCAUAUUAUAUUAUGCACAUAUUGUAUUGCAGCAAUUAUGCAGUAAUUGGUGUUCCGCACUAUUACUCAUCGAAAUUAAACGUGUAAAUACAAAUAAACUAAUCAAAUCUGUU